AAACCAUCAAAUCCCACCCCUGAACACCAGGGGCUCUCUCUCUCUAUCCAACCACCCCAAGAUCCGUAUAAAUAUGCAACCAAAUCCUGCUCUACUCUUCAAGCAAAACAAACCUCCCCAUAUUUCCUCUAGGAAUAAUCAACUUCUUCCAUUAAUUAGCCAGCGUUGGUCUUGUUCACUUGCCUCUUAAAAUGUCUAAGAAAGUUGUUGCCGAGUCUCCUCUACAGAGAAAUAGCUUAGCUUCACUUGACCAAAAGCUGGCCAUGGCAAAGCGCUGCUCUCAUGAAGGAGUGGUUGCAGGAGCAAAGGCAGCUGCACUUGCUACCAUUGCCACUGCCAUUCCAACUAUGGCUAGUGCAAGGAUGCUGCCAUGGGCAAGGGCCAAUCUGAAUCACACAGCUCAAGCUCUCAUAAUUUCAACUGUUGCUGGAGCAGCAUAUUUUAUAGUUGCAGACAAGACUGUUCUUGCUACAGCAAGAAAGAACUCCUUCAAGAGUCCCAGCUCUAACAUUGAGGCGUGAUGACCUAAUUAUCUAGACCUUGUUUGUAGUUCAUCAAGUAAAUUUGUAAACCAUCAUCUAUAUGUAUGCAUGGAUAAAGAUGGAGUUUACAUUUUUAGUCUAUGAAAGCAUUUCUUUUCUUGUAAAAUUAUAACUACAUUGAUUGGAGCCUGUGAUCAAUCUUAUUAUCUCCAGCAAUGGAUGUAUCAA